AUGGCUACCAGAACCAUUUACCUGAUCACGUAUCGAAUGUUUCCAUCGCAACGAACACAUUUCUCCAUAUAUAUCCCAUCAGCAGCGGGUACAAAAGGCACUUUGAUCCAUGUCAUAGGAACACCAAUGGCGGGCUACGGCCUUGAAUUCAAACGCAACUUUUCUCCUGCUAUCACUCGACGGCACCACGAGAUCCUCCCUAUAGGUAAGACUGACGCAUGCAAUAUUGUAGACUCCGUGCACACAGCAGAGACCACAGACGUGUCCCCCAAAGGCAAGAUUGAAAUUGCUGCGUCUCAGAUUCCAGCACCCGGUGUUAGUGAAAACUUCAUGGCACCUGUCAAUGAUACCACCAAUAAGCGAUGCCAGGAAUGGACCAUGGAAUUCAUCCGCCACUUGGUCGCUGAAAAUCUCAUUGAAGCAGAAGCUGUCCAGAUUGUUCAAUCCAGGCGUGAUAUGCCAAAUCAUGGAAUAGGUCUUCGGCCUGUUGGAAGACGGUGA